GCAUAGAAGCGCGAUCUGGCAGCACAGGACGCUGCUGCUGUUUUUUGUCCCUUGAAGGAAAAUAUAAACAAAUCUUGUGCACAAAAGGUGAAAUAAGUAAAAAGAUGUCAUCGAAUGUGGUAUUUCGAUCCGGCACUCGCGUUGCGCGCACAUGUCGUGUGUGUUAUGUCCCCUCCCCGAACAGCUUCUCUUUAUUCAAGCCAAACAGGAUAUGUGGCCAAAUCACAACGCUGGCCAUGGUCCUUAGCUACUGCGUUAGCGUGGAUGUGCUCGAGGAGGAGGACUUUAUGCCGGACCACAUAUGCGGCAGCUGCGCAACGAAUCUCGAGCAGGUCAUGGAGUUUAAGCAGAAGGCCCGCAACAUAGAUCAGUUCCUAAGGGAACGUCAUGAAAAGCGCUGUGCCAGCCUGCCAAUAAAUGGGGUGAAACUGAAUGAACAGCACGCAGCAGAGCUCAAUAAUGAUCUGGAAAUAGUCGAGGAGGAACAAGAAGAGAGCAACGUGCUAGUGGGUUGCGACAUUAUUGAGGAAAUGCCUGAAGAUGAUAUGCACAUGGCAAGCCACAUUCCAGAAGAUCUAUACGAGGUUGUCGAAGUGCAGGAGCAGCAGCAGCGGGAGGAGGAGAAGGAAGAGGAAAUAGAGGAGCUGGCUCAGGAGGACACCAGUGAGGAAGAGCAGCAGCCAGCAUCAACCGCUGCCCGAACCAGAAGACCAAAGCCAAUCUCCGAUCUGCUGCAGUGUAAGAUCUGCAACAAGCAGCUGAGCACAUCCAACUCGUUCAAGUACCACAUGCAGCUGCAUGGCGAUGCCAAGCCCUUCGAGUGCACGAUUUGCGGGGAGUCAUUCAAGACACGCAACGCCUUUGAUGGGCACAUAACGACUCACGAUCCAAAUAAUCCCAAUACGUGUAACAUAUGCGGUAAGUUCUAUCGGCAGGCCUCGUCGCUGCGCACCCACAUGCUCGCCCACAAAGGGGUCAAGCCAUACCAGUGCACCCUAUGCGGCAAGCGGCUCACCCAGAAGUCCGGCUACAAAAAGCACAUGCUGACCCACACCGGCGAGAAGCCGCACACCUGCGACAUUUGCCAUCGCUCCUUCCGCUACUCGAGCAACCUCAUUGCCCACAAGCGAUGCCAUAGCCAGGAGAAGCCGCACGAGUGCCAGGUCUGUCACAAGCGCAGCUUUGCCAACAGCUCCGAUCUGACACGCCACAUGCUGGUCCAUUCCAACGAGCGUCCCUUCAAGUGUCUCGAUUGUGGCAAAACCUUCAAGCGACAGAUAUCCCUCAAUGUCCACAUGAAGUCGAAGAAAACAGCGGCCAUGGAGGAGUCGUCUCUGGAGUACGACGAGGAGAACUAAAAGCGUUUAUCAUGUUAAUUUGUUAAUUAUUUUUAGUUAUUUUUUAAUUAUUUUUAAUGACAGUUUUUUUUACGUUACACGAGAUAAUGAUUAGGUUUUUAGGCCGAAACCAUCUUUAAAAUCUGCGAUAAAAGCCCCUAAAAUUCUUUGUAUAAAUUCAAAAACCCAAGAACGUUCCCACCUUCUUCGCGACCUUCUGGAUCAAUUCCUUUGUGGUGACUCCAGCAGCCUUGAUGCGUACCACCAAGGACCAGGUGUUAACUGGUCGCAACUCCGAAGAGGACUCCCUCCUUAUCAAAAGCUUUUUACACUCAGAACUGAACCAUGAUCCCAGCGUUGUCCAAUGACUACCUAAACUUUCUAGAAAACGAUCGGUUAGAGCUGUGCCGUAUCUACCUCUUCAUAUAUCCGGUACUCAAAGAGUAUAGCAGUACAUAUAUUAGUUUUGUGGUGGAAGUAGACGUGUGUAACACCCAGAAGGAAGCUUCCCGACCCCAUAAACUACAUGUUGUCUUGAUCAGAAUCAAUAGCCGGAUCGAUAAAGUCGUGUUUGUCUGUCAGAUGAAUAUCUGUGGCAUCCACAAUUUUGAAUACACGAGAAAACCGAAAGCAAAGAAUCAUAGAGAAUGAAUCAAAGAAACUGGCAUAUUCUAGAAAUCUGGAUCAGGUGGAUUAGAUCGUUCUAAAAGGAACAACUAAAAUUGCAGUGGAUACCCAAACCCCUUCCACGAGCUAACUCAUUCCCUCUCUCUCUCUCUCCCACGCACUCUUUCUCGUGCCGUGUGCGCUCUCUGGCGGAGGGAAGCGUGAUAUAAUGGCUAGGGAGAGAGCGACAUGUAUAGUGGAAAAAAUGGAGCAAAAUGGUAAAAAGGGGAACAGAUAAAAUAUUCUAAAGUUUGAAUCAUCUUUUGAUCUUUAGGUGGAAAGUAGAUAAACGAUGUGCAAGAACCAAUAGUAAAGCAUAUCAAGCGGUCGUCGUUCCUCUCUUUCUUUCUUUGUUCUUUUCAUCUCUCAUGACAAGUGCGAUCAAAAUUGAGAAAUAUUUGUAUUACAAAUUUGUUGUUAUAUUUUUUUAGCAGGUUUUCUGCUACCCAUAGUGGCAGCUUAACCUCGUUAUAAUUUAUCAUACUUACAACAUUUCUCAUUUCUGCAUCGACUUUACAUCGACGAUGUACAUGUGUGUUUUUCUAGGAUACUUUGCAGUUCCCCUGGCCCUCCGGCUGAAAGGGAGGCACCCGAAUCGCUGCGUUUGAUGAAGGCUCGUUCUCUCCAAAAAAAAAAAAAAAAAAAAGUUCUAAACAGGGAGCUUCUUCUGGGGUGUUGGGAUUCUCUUGGGUCAGCGCCUUGACCACUACGGCUUAUGUGUAGAUCGGUAGUAUGCCAUUCUCCACCUCCAAAAUGAGCACAGGCGCUGCAGUGGUAUCUACCAAUGAAUGCUAUGGUGAGCACUUCCCAGUGUAGGGUGUUUCCGUCCUUGGUAGCUAAAUGCAUAUUAAUAGCGAUGUUUCCGAACAAUGCAACUGCAAGUUAGACGAUUGGCCCCGUCGUCCAUCUCAAUUGAUUGACCCGAUUUUAGUUCGAACUUGAUAGUACCCAUGGGAGCGGUAUAGUUUCCAGAAUGCGGGCCAAACUAUAAAUGCGAGUCCACACUCGUCAGCCCCUAUAGAGGUACGAAGGCCCGAGAUGCCAUGGACGAUGCUAAAUGCAGCUGCCAGCUGCUGGAUAGAACAGACAGCGAUAAGCAACAGAUUUGAGAUAGCUCCAGAAAAAAAAAGUUUUUAGUUAAAAAUUCAAAUUUAAAGGUUUUUUUUUUUUUUAGGUAUUUAUUCAAGAUUUAAUAUCUUCGAAAGCGUAAUUUCCCAGAUUAUUAUACCCCACUAGGCCUACAACCCAAUCAUUGUGUCGUGUUAAGUGCAUUCAAAAGUUUUCCUUUGGGUGGCACUGUGUUAUCUGUUAUGACUAGGUAUGUACAUCUAUAACACUUAGUUCCUUACUCGUGGCCAAGAACUGUAAUUAUUUCGAUAAGAAAAGAAGGAGGCAAUUUGUUUACGAAGAGCCGGUGUCCCACUAGAUAGGUAUAUGAUUUCUGUCCUAGAUACCAGUAAGUACUAGCUAGCACAGAGGUCUUGUAGAGUAUUUGAGUUUAGAUUUUGUUUCUUUAUUUUAGCUAUUUACCAUUUUUAUAACAAUUUUCAUAAGUAAAGAGUUACAGAGGUCAAAUCAA